CUGGCUGUACAGAAGGUCCUGCAACCAUGCCAGAAGGACUCCGGGGGGAGAGAGAGACGUACGUACGAGGCUGAGAAUUUGAACGACGAUGGUGUCCAACCCAUGGCUAAUGAUAGUAUUAUGAGCAAGAACAAGGUGGAGAAGGAGAAGAUAUUGAUAUUCGGUGCGAGUGGAUACCUGGGCAAGUUCAUGGUCAAGGCCUCCCUUUCCAUGGGCCACCCUACUCUUGCUUAUGUCCGCUCCACUGCCGAUCCUUCCAAGCAACGGUUGCUCCAGGAAUUCGAAUUGAUGAAUGUUACCGUUGUCCAAGGUGAAUUGGAAGAGCAUGAGAAGCUUGUGUCGGUGCUCCGGCAGGUUGACGUCGUCAUCUCGACUCUCCCUGUCCCUCAAUAUCUCCAACAACUCAAGAUCAUCGAUGCCAUUAAAGAAGCCCCCAACAUCCAGAGGUUUGUUCCGUCGGAGUAUGGAAACGAAGUGGACAGGGUGAAAGGGGCGCUGCCACCGUUCGAAGCAUUGCUGGAGAACAAGAGGAAGAUCAGGAGAGCGACCGAGGCUGCUGGGAUUCCUUUCACCUACGUCUCUGCCAACUCUUUCGCCGCUUACUUUGUGGAUUACUUGCUCCAUCCCCAUGAGCAGCGCGACCAUGUGGUCGUUCAUGGAACUGGCGAGGCCAAAGCCGUCCUAAAUUAUGAGGAAGAUGUGGCAUUCUACACAGUAAAGGCAUCGACAGAUCCAAGAGUGGCAAACCGCGUGAUCAUAUAUCGACCUCCAGGGAACAUCGUAUCCCAACUAGACUUGAUUUCGAUGUGGGAGAAAAAGACUGGACGGACUCUUAAAAAGACGCACAUCCCGGAGGAGGAUAUGAUGAAGCUCACUCAAAGUCUGCCACAUCCGGACAACAUACCGGUGGCGAUACUGCACAACAUAUUCAUAAAAGGAGAGCAGACGAGCUUUGAGAUGACGGAGAAUGAUUUGGAGGGCUCUACUUUGUAUCCUGAACAUCCCUACACUUCGGUUGAUUCUUUCCUCGACCUUUGCUUGGCCAAUCCUCCCAAACCUAAGUUGGCCUCUUUUGCCUGAUGCUCCUCACGUUCAUCCAAUUAAUGCGUGUGCUCUGUAGCUAUUGUCUUACAGUUUAGCCCAUGGCAAGUAUAUGUUUGCCCACCCCUACUAUCACCCGUAUGUACUUGGUGAUGAUAGAUGCUAAUAAUGGGGAUUUCUGUACCUGUCUUAAAAAAGCCUAAUGUUACAAGUCCUUUGU